UAAUACAUAAAGUAAUAAUGUCCUCCACCAUGGCCAGUGAACGUGAUCUCUUCGCGACUGAGAUUGUGAACCGUGGGAUUGAAUCAUCUGGACCCAACGCUGGCUCUUUGACAUUCUCCGUAAGGGUGAGGAGGCGGCUACCGGAUUUUCUUCAAUCAGUGAACCUCAAGUACGUGAAAUUGGGUUACCAUUAUCUCAUAAACCAUGGCAUUUACUUGGUCACAAUACCUGUUCUCUUGCUUGUGUUUAGUGCUGAGGUUGGUAGCCUCAGCAAAGAGGAGCUAUGGAAGAAGCUUUGGGAAGAUGCUAGAUACGACCUUGCCACUGUGCUUGCUUUCUUUGGUGUCUUCGUUUUCACCAUGUCUGUCUACUUCAUGUCAAGACCACGCCCCAUUUACCUCAUUGAUUUUGCAUGCUAUCGACCCGAAGAUGAAGUUUAUAAGGUAUCAAGGGAGCAAUUCAUAGAGGCAGCAAGAAAAUCAGGCAAGUUUGAUGAGGGAAGCCUCGAGUUCAAGAAGAGGAUUCUAAUGGCCUCAGGCAUAGGGGACGAGACAUACAUCCCAAAGGCAGUGAUGUCAUCGAGUGAAAACUGCGCAACCAUGAAAGAAGGUCGUGCUGAGGCAUCAUUGGUUAUGUUUGGAGCACUUGACGAGCUCUUUGAGAAAACACGUGUUCGUCCAAAGGACAUUGGUGUUCUUGUAGUGAACUGCAGCAUCUUCAACCCAACACCAUCUCUAUCAGCUAUGAUCAUAAACCACUUCAAGAUGAGGGGAAACAUAUUGAGCUUUAACGUUGGUGGCAUGGGUUGUAGUGCUGGAAUCAUUGCUGUGGACUUGGCAAGGGACAUGCUUCAAUCUAACCCUAAUAACUAUGCGGUGGUUGUGAGCACUGAGGUUGUGGGGUUUAACUGGUACCAAGGUAAAGAAAGGUCAAUGCUCAUUCCAAACUGUUUCUUUCGCAUGGGGUGUUCUGCUCUUCUUCUUUCUAACCGUCGUCGUGACUAUAGUUGUGCUAAGUACAGUCUUGAACAUAUUGUUCGUACACAUAAAGGUGCUGAUGAUCGCAGCUUCAGAUGUGUUCACCAAGAGGAAGAUGAAAAAAAAUUCAAGGGAAUAAAGAUAAGCAAAGACUUGAUUGAGAUUGGUGGCGAUGCACUCAAAACAAACAUCACUACCCUAGGACCUUUGGUGCUACCCUUUUCAGAGCAGUUCCUCUUCUUUUCAACUCUAGUAUGGAGGCACUUUUUUGGGGGUAAAUAUGCUAAUGGUAGCUCAACUUCAUCAAAGAAGCCAUACAUUCCUGACUACAAACUAGCUUUUGAGCAUUUCUGUGUCCAUGCUGCAAGCAAGGUCAUUCUUGAUGAGUUGCAAAGGAACCUUGAACUUAGUGACAAGAACAUGGAAGCCUCCAGGAUGACACUGCACCGUUUUGGUAACACAUCUAGCAGUAGCAUUUGGUAUGAGCUAGCUUAUCUUGAAGCAAAGGAGAAAGUUAGAAGAGGAGACCGUGUUUGGCAACUUGCGUUUGGUUCUGGCUUCAAGUGUAACAGUGUUGUUUGGCGCUCCAUGCGCCGCCAAACAAAGCCUUCUAAGAACCCUUGGCUCGACUGCAUCAACAGAUAUCCUGUGUCUCUCACUCAAUGAAAGUUUGAAGCAUUCUGGUCAAUCUAUCAGUGAUAUAUAAGAAUGCUACGUUUAAGAUCAAUUAAUAAUGGUACUCUUUGAUUAUUAGUCUUUCUUUUUUUGGUAGUGAUUAUUAGUCUCUCAAAUUUUA